CUUGUUCUGCUAGCGGAACAUGAACAUAGGUCGUCAGAGGAGAGUCGACAUUUUGUUAGCUUCCUAGCUAAAUAAACUGUUAGGGCGACUCGGUUGUAAUCAAAGUUGCUCUCAGUGGGCUGAAAGUCUCCGGCUGUAAUCAUGUGGUAUGAAAUCCUGCCCGGUUUCGCGGUCAUGACCAUAUGUCUGAUCAUUCCCGGCAUCGCCACCACACAUAUACACAGGUUCACAAACGGAGGAAAGGAAAAGAGAAUCGCUCGGCAUCCGUGGCAGUGGUAUCUGAUGGAGAGAGACAAGCGGGUGUCGGGAACUGAAACCUACCAUGCCUCCAAGGGACUCGAGAACAUCAACUGAUGAUGACGGAUAUAAGGACCCUGAUGAGAAGAAAGUUGUACAAUAAAAGAUUAUAUUUAACAUCCAGCUGUUUGUUUUUUCAGUCAAUCGUCCCUGUUAUUAAUUAAACUGUUCCACACUGAAAAUCUUCAGAGGCUUCUCGGCUCAUUUGUCAAUUUCAAAAGCAACAGACAAGAGGUCCUUUACACCUGUCAUGUGUUGGGGGGGGCUUAUAUUGUAGAUCUUAUAUCGCACAAGGGGAAACCCAAGGAAUAUAUUAAUAUCCAUACUAGUGAGACUUGUUGUGGAUAUUUUAAACUCGUCAAUACUGUAAAGAUGUACAAUGAGAGUAAUCAAUAAUAAACUGGUGAAAGCA